AUGUCCUCAACACAAGCAAAGCUUACCAGUCGUUCUGAAAAUACUACCUCAGUGAGUGGUGUAACUGGUACUCACUCAUUCGAUAAGGCUGAAGUCGAAAGUUUUUCUGAAUACAUUUCCAACGAACUUAGAGAGGAUAAGGAUGUCAAGUCAAAGCUUCCUAUUCACAGUGAAGCUUUGUUUGAUAAACUUAAGGAUGGUAUCAUCUUUUGUAAAUUAAUUAAUAUUGCUUCUCCUCAAACUAUUGACGAACGUGUCAUUAACAUGAAGGGAAAUUUGAAUCCAUGGCAACUUAAUGAAAACUUGGAAUUGGCCAUCAACUCUGCUGCUGGUAUUGGUUGUAAAACUGUUAACAUUACCAGAACCAGUAUUCAAGAAGGUCUACCACACAUUGUCCUAGGAUUAUUGUGGCAAGUUCUUAAGAGAUGUCUUACUAAGGAUAUUUCAAUCAAGCACCAUCCUGAAUUGGUUCUCCUCUUGAAGGAAGGUGAAUCUUUGGAAAGCUUUAUUAAAUUACCAACUGAAGAAAUUCUUAUGAGAUGGGUUAACUAUCAUAUGGAUAAGAGUGGAUCAUCAAGAAAAAUCACCAACUUUUCAUCCGAUGUUACAGACUCUGAAAUUUAUACUCGUCUCUUGAAGCAAAUUGCUCCAGAAUGUUGUACUUUAUCACCAUUGAAUGAAUCUGAUAUGGAAAAGAGAGCUGAUAAGAUGUUGAAUGAAGCUGCCAAGAUUGAUUGUAGAAAACUCGUCAAACCACUUGAUGUUGUUAAGGGUAAUUCAAAGCUCAACCUUGCCUUUGUUGCCAACCUUUUCAACACAAGGCCAGCUCUUGAAGCUCCUAAGGAUAUGACUGAUUAUGCAAAUCUUUUGGAUUUGGAUGGUGAAGGUACUAGAGAAGAAAGAGCUUUCACUUUCUGGAUUCAAAGUUUGGGAGUUAACGUUGCUAACUUGUUCGAUGAUUUGCGUGAUGGAAGAAUGUUUGCUGAAAUUUUGGAAAAGAUUAAACCAGGAUGUCUUGAAGGAAAGAAGAUUGAAAAGUAUCCAAGAAAUGUUUUCCAAGCUGUUGGAAAUUGUAAUGUUUGUGUUGCUGCUUCUGAACAUAUUGGUGUUAAGGUCAAUAACAUUUCAGGAAAGGAUAUUAAUGAUGGUAACAAGAAACUUGUUUUGGCUGUCGUCUGGCAAUUGAUGAAGAUUUCACUCCUUGAUACUUUGAAAAAUCUUGGUGGUGGUAAGGCUGUUAGUGAAGAUGACGUUCUCAAAUGGGCUAACAAGACUGUUGGUCACACUACUAUUUCAUCAUUUGAAGAUUCAUCAUUGACUGAUGGUGUUUUCUUGAUCAAUUUGUGUCACGCUAUUUCACCACAAUCUUGUAACCUUGAAAUGAUUUCUGAUGAUAAGGAACAAAAUGCCAAGUAUGCCAUUUCAGUUGCCAGAAAGAUUGGUGCUGUUGUUUUCUUAUUGUGGGAAGAUAUUGUUGAAGUUAAGAAGAAGAUGAUUUUAAGUUUUGUUGCUUCCCUCAUGCUCCUUUCUCAUAAGAAGAAAUAA